UAAUAACAGCACCAGACUACAUUCACUUUGUGGGGAAAAAAAAAGUGAAAACGAGAAAAUUUCAUCCAAGAAACAAUUCUCAAGAAAUCAGUAAUAUGAUUUGGUAAAAAUGACAAGGCUGUUGCUGUUUAAUGGUAGCAUCUUCUCAAAACAGGGUUAUUUUGUGCUCUUUACUGGUUUGUAAUGAAAGCAUAGAACUCAAUGAAAUUUUUAAUUUUACAGACUAAACCAAUCUAGAGAUCAACCAAUAACAAAAACAGCUGUUAGUCGCAUUCCUAAUUGCCACAACUCAAGCUUCUUUUGCAUGAAAUGACCUGGGUUAACGGGGCCGUCCGCAGCAAAGAAGAUGAGCAAUAUUUCACAUGUCAUGUGCAAUUCCAGUUUCCAUGGCAAUCCAUUCAUUUAGUGCACCAGUAGCUUCAGCUGCCACGUGGACAGCUAAUGCUAGUUAGUGAGAAAUGAUAUUCAAGAUAGUUGGCAGCAGUGGGGGGUUGGGAGAGGAAAGGAGGACUGGAGAUGGCUAAAAUGUUCCCACGAGCACUCGGGGGCAGCUGCACUGUAAAUGAAAACCAUCACCGCUCAGGCGGUUCACAUGUCCCAGUGACCUUCUCCCCGACUGAAACUGACCUUUUUACCUGUCUAAAACGCCACACGGUGACAUCACUCUGAGUUAGGCUGUUAAAUUGAGAUUUUGAUGAAUCCGAAUGCUGGCCGGUCAGUCCUCAAAGACACUGGGUUAUGUAACUCGAAGCUUUUGUAUUGCAAACAUAGUUUGUGCUGGAACAUGGCCUCUUGCAGAUCAAUAAUCGGUAUGAAACAUGGUGCUUAGGCUUAUCAUAACCUUUCACCAAGAAAAGAAGAAAGAGCUUAUUGCAAUUGUUUUGCAGGUUUUACUCAAAAAUCUUUUCGUUUUGUGCAAACAUUUCUUCUGAGCAGGUCUGACAUUCUCUGCUCAGGCAGAGGAGCACAAACAUGGCGCAGACUCGCUGAUGUCACAGCGAUGGAGAGCAAAGCUCUCAACUCAUAGGGAUUGAGUGGCCUUUGCUCUGCUUGUUCAAAACUGUCACACAAACCCAGUGAUACCAUCAGACUGCAGAUGAAAAACACACAACACAGUCAAAUGAGGUAGAUUACUGCUAAUCUAAUGACUCAACCUAUGUGGGGGGGUUUUGUUGUAAAAAGAAAGGAAACAGGUCACUGCUCUAAUUAUUGUGAUGCUUCCAACUGGAACUACACUAGUACACUAUAUAGAAGUAUAGUUAUACUAUUAUAUAUGUACAAAAUAAAACAAAUACCUCAUUGCUGAUGACAUGGUCAUAAAACAAGACAAGAACAACCGAGGUUGAUACAGAGUUAUCAAUCAGUCGUUUAAAUGUUUUAUUAGGCAAAAAUGAGAUCAGCUGUGAAAAGAGUUCUGUGCCAGUUCUGUCUUUUGGGCUGUCGAUCAGCACUGGUUCGGGAAACUUUUGAAGGGCAUUUCUUGUAAUUAUUCACAUUUCCGCCUACAUUUUUCAUGAGGAACACAACGGUGACAGCCUAUCAUUUGUCUUCUCUGGCUGCAAUGGCGAGGGAUUCCCUUCGAUUAGAGAGGGAGAGUACACACCCCUGCAAAAGGGCCCACUUUGGACCGCACUGACAUGGCAGAUUGCUUAAAGAGAAAGGAAUCCCUCCCCUGCACGCACAUCAUCCCACCUCCGGCAACCAGAAACCCUCGAUGACAAGCGCUCCACGGGGGCUCAACCCAUCUCGCAUAAGGCAAAAUGUUCCUCAUUUAAAAAGUGUGGGAUGAUUUUAAUCCGUGUGUGAGCUCACGGACGCUGUGCUUAGACUCCCGGGAUGCUGCUGGUUCCAGUAUGAGCUGGUGUGACACAGCAGUUUUUUUUUUUAAACCUGCAACUGAAUCCACUUCCCAGAAUUUCUUAAGGGGCCAGAGAGACAAAAAAAAAAGAAAAAGGCAGACAAAGGCUCUGUCCUCAGCACCAUCCAAUAAGAGCUGAGAAAGCUACAGUGAGGCAGGCCAGCAUGUCAUCUUCUUCACAUCAAAUAUUACACCAUUAACCAGGGUCAUUAACCCAAAAUGGCAUUAAAAUGCUACCAGAUAUCAGCCCUUGACACACAAGCAGCAUGCACAGAAGGUGAUAUGUGACAAAUAAAGUAAUAAAAGGGAAGGAAAUUCCUGUAAUCAAAUGUGACCACACUGACUCACUGCAAUAUGACAAAGAAUAUUCUAGAGAGAUUCUGCUGCCUCCUACGUUUGUUUGGAGGAGAGCGUUUAGUUUUUGGAAGCUUUUUCUUUGUCCAAAGCAAUCAUGCUCCAAUUUAUCCUCCAAGCCUCGAGUAGAAACAUUAAAAUGAUCGCCAUAAUUCUUAUUGUUUUAAUUUAUGUGACAAAGAGAGAGGAGAGGAGAGGAGGCGGCGGAGGAGGAGUGGGAGGAGGAGAAGAGGACGAGGAGGAGGAGAAGGGGGGGCAAGAGCAGUUGAUAGGCUUUUUCCGAGCAACCUCACAUGGUUCCCAGCAGCAGAAGCUCUUAGAAAUUCAGCAUAAUGGAGGAAGGGGAGGUGUGGUGGUGAAAGAAGGGGAGAAAAAAGGAAGGAAAAAAGGAAAUCAGCAAAUGUAUCAGAGUAGAGCCGUUCCACGAGUGAAAGCUCGGGCCUGCAUGCGUUUCAUUGUAAUGCGCCCUCAAUGAGCGGCACGGCCGAUAGAAAGGCACCGCCCAAGGAGGAGCCGAUUUGAACUGGAAUCAGAAAAAAAAAAAGCCUCUGAGCUGUCAGUGAACUGGCGACAGGACAAUAAACACACUGAACGUUAUUUCAGAAUGACCCCCAGAUGUAGUGCUGUAAUAUCGAGAGCCAGUUGUAACCGCAGCUUUACAGCUGACGAGAUUUCAGGGCGAGCCUUUACGCAAACGCAGCAGCUUUACAACGAUAUCCACGCACAUUGGCCAUCUGUCUGCCAGGUGGACAGUCGAGCACUCACUUUGCUGUAAAUGGAGACAAGGCUCGAGUUGGAUGUUUUGAUAUACCCAGAUGAAGUAAGGAUCGCUACUCCGGAGGAUCUCAGGGACUGGGAGCUGGAAACUGCGAGCCAGGUGUCCAUACCCACCGUCCGGCUCUUUGUUGCACUUUACCCGUACAACCCGGCUGCCAUGUCUCCAAACCACGAGACAGCUGCAGAAGAGCUGCCCUUUGUGCCAGGCCAGAUCAUCAAGGUUACUGGAGACAAAGACGCAGAUGGGUUUUAUCAUGGUGAGUCUGGCGGGCUUUCUGGAUAUGUGCCAAGUAAUAUGGUGGCUGAGAUCCCAGUGGAUGAUGAGUAUCUGAAGCAUCUACUCAUGCAGCAGGGAUUCCUCCCCGUGGACCACACAGGCAUGUCUCUAACACCAGACCUGAGCGAUGUCACCAGUAUCCCUGACAGUGGAGUUGUUCGACGAAUGGUAGCCUUAUUUGACUAUGAUCCAUGGGAAAGCUCACCCAACAUGGACAGUGAAGCCGAACUCGGCUUUCGUUCGGGAGAUAUCAUAUAUGUUUUAGGUGACAUGGAUCAAGAUGGGUUUUACUAUGGAGAUCUUCACGGACAACGAGGUUUGGUUCCAUCAAACUUUCUGCAGCUGUUACCCUGGGAUUAGAAGAAAAUGCACGCUAAGCUGUUUGCUACAAAUGCCAAGUCACAGACGCAGUGAGAAACCAGAAGUUUUUAUGUAAAAUAUGGCUAAAAGAACACUUCAUAUAUCAAAAAAUAGUUUAUUUUAUUUUUAUAUUCUACUAACUGCAUCUGUUUUAGACUGAAAGUAAGCAGCUAAUGAACCCCUCUGUUAGUAUCAAUAAGAAAAACGAAACUAAAAAGAGUUCAGGCCUUUGUUUAAAUGUUUCUUUAUUGAAAUAACAGAUACUUACAAACCCUUUGAUGCAAAAAAAAACAACAAAAAACACAAGAACAACAAAAACACAGAAUAGUUACAUUAAUGCAUAUUUUGAAAAUUACAGGUAAAAUACAAUUUUUUUUUGUCUGGCAAUUUUUGCUUUAGGCGCUUUCACAAAAACACAAAAACUGACUUGCUAAAUAAAUUACCUGAUGGGAAUGGAUAACUUAUUUUAGCCUUAAUAAUACACAAUUUACAGAUUUCUUUCUUCCCAGUGUUUUGAUAUAGUAUUUCCAUUUUUUGCCUUAUGCCCUGUGUAUAUAUUUUCUAUCACUGGCUUAUUUCAUACAAGUUAUUAAAAACAAAAAAACCUCUUUGAAUUUUGCAGCAAUUGUUUUGUAAAAAAAUAAA